UUUAGAGUAUUCCAGAUGUGUGCCCUAAUGGAGAGAACAUUUUGCCUCUGCUGGAGGGUGAAAGGAGCUGUGUGGAUAAGGAUUUAAAAAAGAAAAUUAAAAGCUGGUGUUCCACUUAGAGACUGUAGAGGCAGAAAACUGAUCUACCUAUCCCUGCUAUACAGGAGGCUUUGCAUGGUCUCCUCAGGAACUCCUGGGCCUGAUGUACAGGCUGAACACUCUGAACUGCUUUGUUGAGGCCAGAGUUGUUGGGCACAGCUGUACUGAGACAUAAAGGGCUGUAAAGCCCUUGCUUAACUCUGCUUCCCAGUGACCUCUAGUUCACCAACUCCUCCAGCAAGCUGUGCUUUCAUACCCAGGUCCUUCUGGCUUUUCUGUAAAUCUCCCCUUGUGGUUGCUGGGCUGUCAAAUGGUGGCUGGAGCUCAGCUUGCAGGUGGUCACUGCAGGUGGAUUGGUGCCUCUUCAAGAUCCAGUGACGUGUGCUGAGAAGUGCCACAGCUAUAAGGACUUGUGGAGAAAUGCAAGUGCAGUGUCCCUGCUAUGCUGGCUGAGGGGGAGAGCAUGGCCGGGCCAUCGCUGUGUGCUGCCAGUGCAGCAGCAGCGCCUCAGAACCUUCACAAAGUGUCUGGCUUUGUAGAAAAUAAAAGCACACAGUGCUCGUUUUCAAUCGAAAGUAUUUUGGGACUGGAGCAGAAAAAAGAUGCCAUUCCAGCUGUGAAACCUCACAGACCCUGGGUGGAUGCAUGCACCAGCUUGGUUUUAGGUGAUGACAGUAAUCCCCACCUGCAAAUCCCUGUUGUUUGCUAUGAAAAUCCAUUAUUUCUUGCUAACAGUGAUCCAGCGCAAGAGGAAAAAGUUUUGAAAUGUGAAAAAUAUUUUUCAGUCACUGAAAGGCUGUCUUUCAAACGGGAAUUGAGCUGGUACAGGGGUAGAAGACCCAGAACUGCAUUCACUAGAAACCAGAUUGAAGUCUUGGAAAAUGUUUUUAAAAUGAACUCCUACCCCGGCAUUGACAUUAGAGAAGAGCUAGCUCGCAAAUUAGACUUAGAUGAAGACAGGAUCCAGAUCUGGUUCCAGAACCGUCGUGCAAAGCUGAAAAGAUCACACAGAGAAUCUCAGUUUCUAAUGGUGAAAAAUACUUUCACCUCCAGCCUGCUAGAGUAGAAAGAAGGAUGGUUUGGUGUUACAGUACUACAACAGAGCACGGAGAAUUAUUAAUAGCCUGUAUUAAGUAAUGGUAUAGUAAUUAUGAUUUUAUGCCCAGAUUUGAAAGUUUAUUAUAAUUUUCAUUCAAAUAAACUGUAAAUACUUGAA